AUAUUUCCCAUGCGCUGGUCCCAUUGGUCACUGCGUGGCGUACAAUUUUUUUUAUAAAUUUCCGAUUUUUAUUAAAUAUUGAUUAACAUUAAAUAGAAACUAAGCUGCACCAUCAGCUCCAUUGGCAAUGCCGGAUGACUCACAAGAUGCCAAGGCUCAGAAACUGGCGGCGGCUAGGAAAAAGCUGAAGGAGUACCAACAGCGAAAUAAUAACAAUAGCAACACAUCCCAUACGGAGGCGGCUUCAGCUGGCAACUUGUUGGAGCAUCCGACCCACCCACCAGAGACGAAUGUAAAUGGAUCACCCGGAGAGGAAGGGCAGGCACCGAUAGCCACCACUACUGCGGUAGGCUUGACGCCAGACCCUGAAGACAUUGCUCGUAUUGCUGCCCAAAACGGUGGACGUGGAAUAGACUCCAACUUACAGGCCAUUCAGGUUAUUAUCGAGGAAAAGACACAGCUUAGUGCCGAGCUAGCAAAAUGUCGUCUCGCCUGCCGUGAGCGUGAACUUGAGAUGGAAGAGCUACGAAUUCAACAUACCCAAGCCAGUCAGCGGGUGGAGCAACUGCUGCAGCGUUGCCAAGAACAAUCGGCGCAAGCCGAACAGGAACGUCGUCAAAGUGCUCAAUUCCAGGCUCAAAUUGAAGAUCAAAAGGCUCAUCUAUCAGAGUUGGAAGCUCAGGUGAAGCAAUCACAUGAACUGCAGGCUGAAAUACACCGGCAACUGGCGGAAAAAACCAACGAACUGGAAAUGUCGCAGAUUCGUCUCCGCCAACUAUCCGAUGAGUCCAAUAUUAGUGCUGAUAACCGAGUGGAGACUCUCACCAAAACACAAUUUAUGUACGAGCAGCAAAUCCGGGAUCUUCAGGCUAUGGUCAGUCAGCUGACCAAGGACAAGGAGCAAGCCGCUACCCAAUAUCAGAAUUAUGUUCAACAUCAGGGCAACGAGAUUGCUAAGCUAAAGGAGACUAACGCGGAAAUUAACGACUCGUUAAUCCAAUUGCGAGAGCGUGAACGACAACUUGUGGAGCAUGUUGGCGGAUUGGAGCGGGACAUACAGAAGAACUUAAGCCUACAGGCUCAGUUCAAGGAGCAGCAGAAGGAGCAAGAACAGGAGACAACCGAUCAGACGACCACAAAUGCGGAACUGGCCUCUCUUCGGGAACGCAUCAGUGACUUUGACUUCGAACGGCAUGAGUUCCAAUUGAAAAUCAAAUCCCAGGAUGACCAGCUGCAAAUGAAAGAUGCUGCCAUAGCCGAAUUGGAACAACAAUUGGGGCGUCUCGAAACUGAACAGCCAGAUCAGGCAAAGCUCCUAGCCACGAUGGAAUCAGACAAAGUAGCCGCAUCGCGUGCCCUCUCACAAAAUGUGGAAAUGAAAAAACAAUUGGAUGAAUUGGAACUAAAAUUCGUUCAGCUGACCAACGACAAGGCCGAACUGGUAAUCAAGCUGGAUGCCGAGGAGUUUGCCAAUCGUGAAAUGCGUCUGAAUUACGCCAGUAUGGAACAGAAGCUUCAAGCAAAUGAGGAUCGCUUCAAAUUCAAGGAUGAAGAGAUGAUUCGGCUGUCCCAUGAAAAUGUUGAACUAAAGCAGCAACUAGACGAAGCUGAUCACCAUCAUCACCACCACGAGAUUCCGAAGGAGAAACCGGUGGAGACGAGUCCGGAGCAGGAGCAUGCUCAUUCUAAUGACCAUGAUCACGAUCAUGAUCACAAUCAUGAACAUUCACACAAUUGUCAAGAUCACGAUCAUGACGAACCCUCCAAAUUGGAAGAGGGCAAAACUGAUACUGCUUCACCCGGAUGUCUACCUAGCGCUGAGGCAGUGGAGAAGCUUCAAUCCCGCUUUACCACACUUAUUAACCAAGUGGCCGAUCUAACCGACGAGAAACACAACUUGGAGCAUUUAGUGCUUCAGCUUCAAGGUGAAACAGAGACCAUUGGCGAAUACAUUGCAUUAUACCAAACCCAAAGACGCAUGCUAAAGCAGCGUGAAUACGAAAAGGCUACCCAAAUGCGUCUUUUGCAAGCUGAGCGGGAGCAACUUCGCGAUAAAAUCGAUUCACUCAACCAAUUGGUCACCAGUUUGGGUGUGGAUUUACCUCCCGAGCAGGGACAACUGGCAGAGAAUGCUCAGAAUAUAGAAGAGUCUGUGGUUUUGUCCUCGUCUCAAGGAGAGAGUGGAAACUCACAGCAAAUUAUAAAUAAGAUUCAGGACAUUAUCACAGAAAUCAAAGAAAACACGGAGCAGCCGCCAACAGCUUUGUCCAGUAAUGGCCAUGCCGUAGACCAUUUUAAUUGUUGCCUGGGCAAAUUUGAAGUGGUCUAAAACUCUUCUUUAGAAGUUAUAGAUGUGAAAGUACAAUUAUUGUCUGCCUACGUAAUCCUAAUUUAACAAUUAUGUAUAAUUAUUCUUCGCUUAUGUGUAUUGGGCGCUCUAUCCCAUUCGUCCUCUAUUAUUUUCCAUUAUGUUUCUUAAUAAAUUUUCUUUGUGUAGCAAGUCUUGGUAACCAAAA